AUGACCAGUCGGACUACCGGCAAGACGCCUUUUAGCAUCGUCUAUACAAAGCCUCCUAAUACAGUUCUUGAUCUCUCCAUUUUGCCCAAAUGUAAGUCCCAAGCUGCUGCUACUUUCGCUGGUGAUUAUGCGAAAAUGUUGUCUGAGGUUCGUCGCCAAAUUAUCAAAUCCAAUCAGCGGUACAAGGAGGCUGCCGACAAACACAGGCGUCAACGUUUGUUUAACAUGGGCGACCUGGUCAUGGUCAGACUACGUAGAGAAUGGUUCCCGCCGGGCACCUAUUCUAAACUCUCUCGUCGCAAAAUUGGUCCUAUCCCCAUUACCGCCAAAAUAAACGACAAUGCAUACUCUGUUGCACUACCGGUUGAGUGCAACACUUCGCCGACUUUCAAUGUCGCGGAUAUUUGGGCAUACUCUCCACCAGAUGAGGGUGUCAUCAGUGUUAGCUCGUCGGAGUCGAGCUCUUCUGAGCCAGGGGAGGAUUGA